UAAGUAAUUAUUAUCUUCAAAUCUUUUAGCAACGUCAUCAAGAAGAAUUUCGCCUAAGUUUUUCAAGGUUCGCACAGAUAAUCAUGGAUGAAGACGUACUUAUGGAGAAAGCAGCCGCAGAAAUUGAAACAUUACAAACAGUUGUUGAUGAAGUAGUUAUUCGAGUUUUCGGAAAUGAUGAACUGAAUGAUCUAUUGGAUACAAAAGAUGAAGUGACAGCAGAUGAAGGACAAGGAAGAAUGCAAGUUCUUUUUCAAAUAGAAGUUCCAGUUUCCUGGGAUGAAAAAGACAUCAUUAAAGCCUUAAACGAAAUGCGUGCAUCACAGAUGAAUAAAGAAGCCGGAGUGAAAAUAAAAAGCUAUUCUUGCAAAGACUUAAAUAUCAUAAUUGAUGUUUUAAAACAAAUAAUGAUUGAUAGACGCGAAUUACAUCAUGAAGUAAUGCCUCUGAUAUCUGGUUUUCUAUCAUACAUAGACACAAAAGAGAAAGCUAAUGUUAAUUUAAAGAUGAUAGUACCAGAGAAGCUACAACUAGAAAUAGGACCUGCAAAGAAAAAGGUUAUAAAUGAAUACAGUCAUACAAUAGAAUGUAACAUAUCUGGCAAGCCAUCACCAUUUACCAUUCAAUGGACAAAGAAAAAACACGGAGAGGAAAUAGCCAUAAUGCCAUUACUAGAAAAGUAUUCUGGAGGAACAGUUGAAUAUCCGUCAUUGACAAUAAAAUGUUUUAUGAUAGACGAUGAAGGUAUAUACGUAUGUAGAGCAACAAACGAAGCUGGAGUGGGAGUUAGUAAUGAAUCACAGCUUACAUACCUCGAAAAACCAAUGGUCAAAGUUUCUCCUGAAAAGCAGAGUGUAGUCAGAGGUAAAGCUCAAGCAUUAAUGUGUUCUGUUUCCGGAAUCCCACAACCAAUUGUGUUAUGGAUGAGAGUAAAUAAUGGGGAAGAAGCAAUAAUUAACUUAUCUCCAGAAAAGUACACAGGAGGAAAUGUUGAUUGUCCUUCAUUGACGAUAAUAGACUUCAAUAAAAAGGAUGAAGGAAUAUAUGUCUGUAAAGCUACGAACGAGGCUGGAGAAGUAAUUAGCAAUACUUCAACCCUUAGAUACAUCGGUGAGUUAGAGUGUUUCAAAGAUAAAUAUUACAGCUAA